AUGUCUUCCGGAUUGACUCGCCGUCGAGGCGCUGGCGCAGCAACCAGCGCGGAUGGGGAGGGCAGCAGCGCAGGGCGGACCGACUCGCCCAGCAACUUCAAGGACAGCGCGCCCGAGACCAGCUACGAGAAGGGCGAGAAUGGACACAAGAUUGCCUACGACCCUCGCGACAUGAGCGAGAGUGCUGAGCGGAGCAAGCAGCCCAAGCUCACACUGAUGGAGGAGGUCCUGCUCUUGGGCCUGAAGGACAAGCAGGGCUAUCUGUCAUUCUGGAACGACAACAUCUCAUAUGCGCUUCGAGGAUGCAUCGUUCUCGAGCUGGCGUUCCGAGGCCGAAUCAGCAUGCAGAAAGACCCCGCCAGGAGACGCUUCCCCCUCGCCGACCGGAUCAUCGAGGUGGUCGACGACACAUUGACCGGCGAGGUCCUCCUAGACGAGGCGCUGAAGAUGAUGAAGGCCAGCGAGCAGAUGAGCGUCAGCUCCUGGAUUGACUUGAUGAGCGGCGAGACGUGGAACUUGAUGAAGAUUGGUUACCAGCUCAAGCAGGUCCGCGAGCGACUGGCCAAGGGCCUCGUCGACAAGGGCAUUCUGCGCACGGAGAAGCGCAACUUCCUCCUUUUCGACAUGGCCACUCACCCCGUAGCCGACGGCGGCGCAAAGGAAGAGAUCCGCCGCCGCGUCCGCAAUGUCCUCACCCAGCGCACCGUCGUGCUCCCCGGCUCCCAGUUCCUCCCCGAGAACCUCGAGUUCCGCUACACACGCACCAUCGCCAUGGUCUGCGCCGCGUACGCCGCUAACGUCCUCGAGAACGCGCUCAGCACUUUGGGCCACGAGGCCCGCGAGAGGGCCUUCACUCAGACCGACGAGCUGCUCGCCGAGUACAGCCAGUGGCCGUUUGGGAAGAAGGCGACGGGCAAUGGCAUCGGUGCCAACCUGCCGCAGGUUAUUGCCGAGGAGGUCAACAAGGCCAAGGAUAAGGAGUUGCAACUCGAGGUCGUCGCUGCUUGUCUGAGCGUCUUCACCCGUCUCGACUCCCUUCUCUAA